GUAAGAUCCAGCCACAAGAGACACGUAUUAAUAUUAUCAUCAAACUCACCAAAUUCUGUCCACACCCCAUUUUCUUCAAAGUAACAUAGAUUCCACAGUUCAGUUCCAAAUUCUCAAAGAUUUCAAAAUGGCUUCAACAAUCAUGUCAUUCACUCCAUCAACCACUAGAUUGUUUGCAACAACUGCAGCAAAGGGAACAGGUGGUGGUAGUAGUAGCAAAGAAGAGAAAGGUUUUCUUGAUUGGAUUCUUGGAGGAAUGCAGAAGGAAGACCAGUUGCUAGAGACUGAUCCUAUUCUCAAGAAGGUCGAGGAGAAGAGUGCAGGAACCACUAGCAGUGGUCGCAAGAACACUGUGGCUGUGCCACAAAAGAAAAAGGGUGGUGGCUUUGGAGGCUUGUUUGCCAAGAACUGAAACAACUCAUUUGUUUCAAAUUUUUCUUACAUGUUUCAAACGUAUGCAAUGUUGUUGUAUAAGUAUUUUCCACUUAGCUUUCUAUAUCUUGACCUUAUGAAUAUAUAUAUAUUUUAUGUUAUUAAUUAAUUAUGCUUGAUCUUGUGUCAUGUUGUAUUUACAUUUUACAGAAUAAAAUCUAUUCAUUUUGGAUCA